AUGGAUGAAGGUCAGAGCAUACCUCCUUUCCGAGGAAAAGAGGUGUCUGAACAUCACAAUCCGGUGUGCCAUGCCCAGAAACGUUCACGACGAUUCUGCGGCCUACGUUGCUGCUAUACGAGCAUGAUUGCUGGUAUUGGAGCUGCGGUCUUUCUCGACGUCGUCGUCGUAUUCCUGCCUUUCCACGUAAGCGAAUAUAGCGGGGAUAGAGCUGCAUCUUGGUUACAAAAAGCUGGCUGUGACGAUGCAAUUGUUUUUCCAAGCUUUUUGUCAUUAAUAGAAGAUAGCCAAGCAUUGCUUGAGCAACUCACGAGACUACGAAAAAUAUUUUGGAUUGGGGCUCCAUUAUCAUGGGAUGUCGCUCGCUUGCUCAUCGAUCGUACCCAUUUAGCUACGCUAUGGGGUACAACUGAAAGUGGCUACUUAGUCAGUUUUGAAACUGACCCUGAGGACUGGAAUUAUCUCAAUAUAAAUGCCGAGAAGGAUGGCAUCAAGUGGGUUGAAAAAGCUCCAAACCGUUUCGAGAUGCAGUUUAUCAAGCGCAAUGAAGCCAUCGACAUUCAACCCGUGUUUCUUACACUUCCAGACGCAGAUAUAUUCUCAUCAGGUGAUUUAUUCUCCCAGCACCCCAACAAACCAGACCAUUGGAAAUAUGAAGGCCGACCAGACAAUAUAAUCGUGGUCAAAGACAUGUUGUUCGACCCAUCGGCAAUUGAAAAGAAUAUCGAAAGUCAUGUAUCUGUCAAGACGGCAAUCGUGCUUGGCAUAAAUUAUUCUGUGGUCUGUCUCAUACUGGAGCUGCAGGAAACUCCACAGAUUUCCUUCGAAGAAAUCUGGAACACGAUUGGGAAAACUUGUGAGGGAAUGCCUGACCACCAAGUAAUUAAGCCGUCCCGAGUCAUCCUAGUGCAAGCGGAGAAGCCAGUUCCGAGGAACCAUAAAGGAGAAGUAAAAAGACUAGCUUUGGCAGAGCUGUACUCUGCCGAGAUGAACAGUUGUUAUACAUAG